AUGCCGUACAUCGUACGAGACGCCUACCGAGAGCCCACUCAAGCCCGGCUCCGCUUCGGCCUGUUCGCGUGUGGGUCCUCUGCGCCGGCAAGCCUCCGCGAUCUCCGUUCCGCCGCGUGCAGCGACGCGUCGCCGACUCCAGCCAUGCCACGACCGAAGGUCAAGCCGCAGGACAGACAGCGCUCAGCCAGAGCGUGUGAUGCCUGCAAGGCCUCCAAGAAGAGAUGUGACGCCAAUGUGCCCUGCCGACUGUGUCUCAAGAAAGGGACCCAGGACACGUGCACGUACACGCCGACGGCCAGGGACAGGAGCAGUCGGCACUCUGAAUCGAAGUCGUCCCGUGCAAACUCCAUUGCUGUUGCCACCGAUGUCUCUCAGGCGGAUUUCAGAUCAGUAAUCACCACACCAUCUCAGCGGCCGAGAGCUCAGUUUGGCGACCAGCCUCUUCCGUCAGAGGACGCGGAAGUCGACGAUGUAGUAGACGAAGAUGCAGACAGUGAAACCGACUACCUUCCGGACUCCAGAAAUUCUGUUGAAAGAACAAGCCAGCAGCGGCCUUUGAUGCUGAAUAGUUCGAGUGGUGAUAAAGUCUUCGUCGGUAACACAGCGGCACUCUCAUUCUUACGGUUUUUACAAAAGACACUGAAACAUUAUGUUGGACCGUCCGGUUUCACCGACCGCCAACACAGUCAUAACUGGUUUGAGAUGACUGGAUCGGAUGUCGAUGGUGGAACUUUCUACGAUGGCUUGGGUGAAACCGAAAAGAAUGAUCUCGUUCACUGCUUUCUGGAUGCCUCGAGCGGGUUCCUGGACCUGUACACUCAAGACGAGCUUACCGAGCUUAUUAGCCUGGCCACAGAGGACCAAAACGCCAACAAAUCACCAGCUUCACGACCAAUAGACAGGGCAGCCCUUGCUUCGCUGUACCUCAUGCUCGCAAUCGGGUGCCAGGUCAGAGGGGGCUCGAGGGACGACCUCGUGCUUGCUUCCAAAUAUUUCAAUCAGGGCAGACUGAUUGCCUUCGAGAAAAUGCUGGAAGAUCCGACUAUAAACCUGGCCAGGGCAUUUAUCCUGCUCGCAUUCUAUAUGUUCGGGGCCUGCCGUCGAAACUCGGCAUUCAUGUACCUGGGCGUUGCCGCGAAGUCUGCCGACAUCCUUGGGCUUCACGCCGCGGCCAAACACAAGCACACUUCAAAAGCUGAACAAGAUUCCAGACUCAGGGUGGCCAAGAGUAUCAGAGUUUUCGACAUCAUAUGCUCUUCAAUCUUAGGAAGACGAGGUAGUGCUUCAUCCCUGAGGUCUGUAGAUGUCACUUCUGGUGAUAUCGAUCAGGAAGGCAACAUCAGUUGUCACCGGGCCCUGGCUCUCAGAGCCACUUACGAAUCGUGUUCAAUUCUUGAGACCGUGGUUGGCAAAUUUGCCGAUGACGGAGUUCUGGAGUCCUCCUCAGCCGAGCACUUCCUCCAGCUUUUACAAGAGUGGAGCCAGGUACUACCAGUAUCCCUUCGCCAGCGGCCGCAGAAAGGGGACAAAUCUUUACAUGAUGCUCCAGGUUACCGAGAGAAGAUGAUUGCGAACGUCCAUGUGGCAGGGACGUACUACUUUGGUAUCAUACUCGUCACAAGGCAAUUCCUUAUCCAGCAUGUCAUGCCGCAGUUGCAUGGCCACGCAUCCAAAGCCAAGGAGGGCCAACGCCAGAAUAAUCAAAAAGGGGCCAAGGGAGCGGACGCUGUGGCCGAACUCUCUCGUUCCUGCAUUGGGGCUGCAACCUACAUGGCUCAGAUGUGCCGGGAAGCCGUCGAUGCCGGCGUCUUCAUGGGCAACAUGUGUAUUAUCAAAGCAUGGAUAUUCGCAGCAGGCUUGGUGCUGGGAUUCGCCUUGUUAGUGGAUGAUUCCUCUGAUACCGGGGCCCGAGAGGCGUUCCGUGGGUCCCAGCACGUCCUCUCUAUCCUCGGUCGGCUCAGCGCGCAGGCACGGCAGUACCACAGGAUCCUCUCUGCUUUUUCCGACGCUAUCGACAACUAUAAGCGACAAAUUCGGCGGGAACGGAACGGGUCGGGAGUCCCUUAUGUCGAGCAGAUAUUGUCCUAUGAUUUUGCGUCUGCUGCGAGUGCACAGAGACUGGACAAUGGAGUCUCCGACGGAUACAACGAAACGAGCGCAACUGGUGUUGAUACGGGGCAGGGCCAGCCAAAAAUUCCCCUUGGCGGAGGCACGGGUCUGUCGCAGCUCCCAACGCCGGACUUCAAUGCGGACGACAACCCUACCGGCGAGGUGGGGCUCUGGGAUGGAAGUGACUCCCUCAGCAUUACUAUGUCUGAGUUCCUACCAGACCAGUGGUCAUCACCGGCAGACAAUGAGCUGAUGCUGCGAAUUCUUUGGGACGGAUACACGAUGAGUUUUGAUGAUCCUUUACAGCAAGUUGGUGCUCCGGGGAACACUGCCGUCUGA